AUGCAGACUGCCGGACCCAAAGCUGCGCUCAGGAAUGCUGAUAGACGUGGCCAAACACCUGGGCAACCUGUCCUUCAGUGUCUGGGAGAAGAUGUAGGGAAUAGCUAAACACAGCCCUGUGAUUCUGGACCCCAACACGGCCUCCCUGUGCACCCUCACCCUUUCUGGUGGUCUGACCAGCUUGAGGUACAACAAUGGUGAAGAUAAAAUUCCUGCCAACCCGGAGAGGAUGGAUGACAAUGGGGUGGUGCUGGGCUCUGUGGGUUUUGAGUCAGGGACACAUUGCUGGGAUGUUGAGGUUGAGGACUGGGAUGUGGGAGUGAUCACUGAGUCAUGCAGCAAGGAAAAUUGAGUUGUUUAAGCAAAUAUGGGGUGUUGAGUAUGUCGGUGGUUUUAAAGCAUGUUGUCCAUCACAGAAAUCUCAAUUGGUAAACUCUGAUUUACCACCCCAAAAUACCCCUGCACAGUGUCUAUUUGCGCCUCUACCGGAUGGAAACUACAAGUGUAAUGGCUGCGCUCAAUGCAAUGGCACUUACAAAUGUAGAUCCUUCAAACACCCUCAAACAGAUCCCAAUCAAAGGUGUUAUCACGUUCUCCACUAAGGCAGUUACAGUGAGGGAAAAAAGUAUUUGAUCCCCUGCUGAUUUUGUACGUUUGCCCACUGACAAAGAAAUGAUCAGUCUAUAAUUUUUAUGGUAGUUUUAUUUGAACAGUGAGAGACAGAAUAACAACAAAAAUCCAGAAAAACGCAUGUCAAAAUUUUUUAUAAAUUGAUUUGCAUUUUAAUGAGGGAAAUAAGUAUUUCACACCCUCUCAAUCAGAAAGAGUUUCUGGCUCCCAGGUGUCUUUUAUACAGGUAAUGGGCUGAGAUUAGGAGCACACUCUUAAAGGGAGUGCUCCUAAUCUCAGUUUGUUACCUGUAUAAAAGACACCUGUCCACAGAAGCAAUCAAUCAAUCAGAUUCCAAACUCUCCACCAUGGCCAAGACCAAAGAGCUCUCCAAUGUUGUCAGGGAAAAGAUUGUAGACCUACACAAGGCUGGAAUGGGCUACAAGACCAUCGCCAAGCAGCUUGGUGAGAAGGUGACAACAGUUGGUGCGAUUAUUCGCAAAUGGAAGAAACACAAAAUAACGGUCAAUCUCCCUCGGCCUGGGGCUUCAUGCAAGAUGUCACCUCGUGGAGUUGCAAUGAUCAUGAGAACAGUGAGGAAUCAGCCCAGAACUACACGGGAGGAUCUUGUCAAUGAUCCCAAGGCAGCUGGGACCAUAGUCACCAAGAAAACAAUUGGUAACACUCUACGCCGUGAAGGACUGAAAUACUGCAGCGCCCGCAAGGUCCCCCUGCUCAAGAAAGCACAUAUACAGGCCCAUCUGAAGUUUGCCAAUGAACAUCUGAAUGAUUCAGAGGAGAACUGGGUGAAAGUGUUGUGGUCAGAUGAGACCAAAAUCGAGCUCUUUGGCAUCAACUCGCCGUGUUUGGAGGAGGAGGAGGAAUGCUGCCUAUGACCCCAAGAACACCAUCCCCACCGUCAAACAUGGAGGUGGAAACAUUAUGCUUUGGGGGUGUUUUUCUGCUAAGGGGACAGGACAACUUCACCGCAUCGAAGGGACAAUGGACGGGGCUAUGUACCGUCAAAUCUUGGGUGAGAACCUCCUUCCCUCAUGGGUCGUGGAUGGGUAUUCCAGCAUGACAAUGACCCAAAACACACGGCCAAGGCAACAAAGGAGUGGCUCAAGAAGAAGCACAUUAAGGUCCUGGAGUGGACUAGCCAGUCUCCAGACCUUAAUCCAAUAGAAAAUCUGUGGAGGGAGCUGAAGGUUUGAGUUGCCAAACGUCAGCCUCGAAACCUUAAUGACUUGGAGAAGAUCUGCAAAGAGGAGUGGGACAAAAUCCCUCCUGAGAUGUGUGCAAACCUGGUGGCCAACUACAAGAAACAUCUGGCCUCUGUGAUUGCCAACAAGGGUUUUGCCACCAAGUACUAAGUCAUGUUUUGCAGAGGGGUCAAAUACUUAUUUCCCUCAUUUAAAUGCAAAUCAAUUUUUGACAUGCGUUUUUCUGAAUUUUUUUGUUGUUAUUCUGUCUCACACUGUUCAAAUAAAUCAACCAUUAAAAUUAUAGACUGAUCAUGUCUUUGUCAGUGGGCAAACGUACAAAAUCAGCAGGGGAUCAAAUACUUUUUUCCCUCACUGUAUUUAUCUUAUAACUUGUAAAGUGUAAAUUAAAGUAGGAGUCUCGGAGCAUCGUAGCACCAUUAGGUGCAGAAACUCCAGUCGCGGACCAAUUUUUGGAAGCGAACCACUCGAUUUCGUCCCUACGUUAUAUUGGCAUCGAACACGACACCCUCCCUAGGAGAGGGGGUGAUCUUGACAAUUUAUUGUUAAAACGAGAGGCUGCCUGGAUCUUUAAUUUAAAGACCCUUGCUCCCUUCGGACUCAACGUAGACUUUGAUCUGAAGCCAUUCUUGUGAUUUUGCUAUUCAUUGUAAAUGUUUGUGGGCCUAUGUAACCAAAUUGUAUCUAUGAUCUUAUGCUAUCCAUUUAUGUUUUUUAUGUUCUAUUUAUAUCUGUAGAUUAACCAAUGAUGUCAAGCCACACCCAGCCAUGAUUACAGACACCUGUGUGUGUCCUUUGACACUAUAUAAACUAAUGACCCACAGUGUUUGUCAUUAUACCCUGAUGAAUACAGCUUGUCUGUUGAAAUGUUAGUUAUCAGGUUAUUAAAUGAUUGCAUCCUAGAGUGCUGCUCUCCUUUUCUUUUUCUAGUGUUCUACUCUGCUAGCCAGCACCUCUCCUAAACAGGUGUUCUACUCCGGUAGCCAGCACCUCUCCUAAACAGGUGUUCUACUCUGCUAGCCAGCACCUCUCCUAAACAGGUGUUCUACUUUGCUAGCCAGCACCUCUCCUAAACAGGUGUGCGUUUCUUUCGCCUCCAGGUCCGUCACAGAAACCCAUUUCCCUCAGAGUGAAGCAUGAUCUCCGGAUGAUCAGAGUACAGCUGGACUGUGAGAGUGGAAGUCUGUCUUUCUCCGACCCAGUCAACGACAAACACCUCCACACGUUCACACACAACUUCACCCAGAGAGUCUUCCUAUGUUUCUACAAUCUGCAUGAAGACACUGACCACCCUUUGAAGCUGGUACCAGAGUACAUCUCUGUAUGUGUGGAACCUCAUCUAUAUUGA